AUGGAGCGCAGCGGAGGUGGUGGAGGCAGCGGUGGCGGCGGUUCCGGUGGUCCGACCCCGAGCAGUCUCGACGCGAUGAACGAUUCGUCCGGGCUGUGCCUGCAGGAUCUGGUGGGCGUUAAUGGUGGCACCGGUACCGGCGGGGGUGGCAGUGCCGGUGGCGGUACCGGGGGUGGUGGAACCGGGUCGAACAAUACGCUAGCGGAUCACCUGCACGGUAGCGGUACGCACCACGGUACCCACACGCACCACAGCCUGCACGAUGGGCUGGUGAGCGGUGGGGUGAGCGUAUCGUCCGCCAUUACCAGCCUGAUGUCGCCGGGCGGGAUAAAUAGCGGUGGGCUGGGACACCUGCAUCACGGCGCACCGGACCUGUCUGCACACCAUCACCAUCAUCAUCACCACCAUCAGCAUCAUCACUCGUCGGCGUUGCACGAGCCGCUGGAGAAACUGAAGCUUUGGGCAGAAACUGGAGAUUUUCGAGAAAACAGCCACACCGGUAUGACGUCCGUUAGCAGUAUUGACCACGCGCAGAUGGGUUUUCCAGCGUCUUCACCUCGCAACAGAAGCUCCCGGGAUCGAAAAAAUGAUGUAUCUCGAUGUAUCAACGAGGCGUCGGUAAAGACCGAAAAUCUUAGCAGCGGAAUGUCGCACGAGGACGGUUCCGGUUCGGUCGCGCCGGGCACCACGAUCCAGCAGGACGGUACCGACGGUACGAAGAACGAUAAGAAAAACAAACGCCAGCGGCGCCAGCGGACACACUUCACCUCACAGCAGCUGCACGAGCUCGAGCAGACGUUCAGCCGCAACCGCUACCCGGACAUGUCCACCCGGGAGGAGAUCGCGAUGUGGACCAACCUGACCGAGGCACGCGUCCGGGUAUGGUUCAAAAACCGACGGGCAAAAUGGCGUAAGCGAGAGCGGAACCAGAUGAACGCGAUUGCCGCCGCCGACUUCAAGAACGGUUUCGGGCCCCAGUUUGUGCAGCCGUUCGCCGAUACCGACACGCUGUACUCGUCCUACACGUACAACAACUGGGCGAAGGUGCCGUCGCCGCUCGGUGCGAAAACCUUCCCGUGGACGGUGAACCCGCUCGGUACGUCGAUCGUGUCGACCAACCAUCACCAGAACUCGAUCAACUGCUUCAACACGUCCGCGUCGUCGGUGGCGGCGGGUAUGGCCGGUACCGGUACGAUGCUACCGGCCAGCAUGGGUACGGGGCUGACCGGUACGUCCGGUGCGACCGGUGUAUCGCCCACACCGUGCCCCUACACGACACCUACCAAUCCGUACAUGUAUCAUCACCGUGCCGCGGCCGAACCGUGCACGGCGAUGAGCUCCAGUAUCGCGACGCUGCGGUUGAAGGCGAAGCAGCAUACGUCCGGUUUCUCUAGUCCCUACUCCGCGUCGUCGCCCGUGUCCCGCUCCAACUCGGCCGGACUGUCCGCCUGCCAGUACGCGGGCGUCACGGAUACGGUCUGA